ACAUAAAAGGAGAAGUUGGGAUAAAAGGAGAACAUAGAUGUCUUUCUACCAAACAAAAACACGUAUCUGUACCAAACUAGCAACAAAACAUUGAGUGGACGAACCGCAAAAGAAAGGGAAGUACAAAGUAAAACACAAAGAAGUGGAGAAGAAAGGUGAUACUUCAUAAGUCAUGGCUCGUACAAAGCAGACCGCCCGAAAGUCCACUGGAGGGAAAGCUCCUCGCAAACAGUUGGCCACCAAGGCUGCACGCAAGAGUGCGCCCUCUACUGGUGGAGUGAAGAAGCCCCAUCGUUACAGGCCUGGUACUGUUGCUCUGAGGGAGAUCCGUCAGUACCAGAAGUCCACUGAGCUUCUGAUCCGUAAGCUGCCGUUCCAGCGUCUGGUGAGGGAGAUCGCUCAGGACUUCAAGACUGACCUGCGUUUCCAGAGCGCUGCUGUGGGAGCUCUGCAGGAGGCCAGUGAGGCCUAUCUGGUGGGUCUUUUUGAGGACACCAACCUUUGUGCCAUCCAUGCUAAGCGUGUCACCAUCAUGCCCAAAGACAUCCAGCUGGCACGCCGCAUCCGAGGAGAGCGUCCUUGAAUGGUCACCUGUGGGUUUGUCCUCAUGUCCCUGUCCUCCCUUACACUCUUCCCCUUUCUCCCCUUACUUCCUUACCUCCCCUACUGGAUUUUUAGUAGACUACAUCCUGUAUAAGGAAGAUAACAAUAUCUGAAAGUCUAGUCUCAAAGUGUGUUUUUAA